CGAGAGUUUGAGAGUUUGAGUGAGUGUUGGUAGUUUUGGUGGUGGUGCUUGCUUUUGCUGCUCCUGCUGCUCCUGCUGCUGCUGCUGCUGCUACUAGCGACGCCAUUUUGCUGGCUGCCCUCCCUCAAACUCCAUCGCCACAAAGAGUGGUGCACACCCUAAGAUCCGGAGCACGACCAGCCUCAUCGCUCUUCGACCCGUGGUUCGUGAUCCACACCCUUUUGGCCGCCAUUGGGCACGAGCAGUCGUCACGCCGGCCGGCCGAGCUUACGCCCUCCUUCCUCCCGGGCGCCACACUCGACACUUUCGCCACUCUUCUCACUCCAUCGGGCCGUCGGAACCGCCCCUCGACCGUGGCUCCAGGUGGUCACCCGCUCCUCCGGUUGACGCGGGUACCAGGAUGGAGUUGAUACCGGAGGCCGAUCCGCCCGAGGCCCCGUCGACGGGCCGACCUUCACCUCCUGGACCUCCAUCAGCCCAGUCGGCCCUGAACGGCUCACCCCUGUGCGGAGUUGGCGAUGAGGCCCGUCCCUUAAUGACAAGUCGAGCGCCCGUUGUGGCCUCGAGUACGGUUUCUAACGCCACUUCAUCCUCGAUAUUGGCUUGCUCGUCGUCGUCGUCCGCCCGCUCCGCCGUCGCUGCCAUGACCCUCGGGUCCGGAUUAACUUCUCGGGUAUCUGGGCCCAUCUCGCCCUCGUCCUCCAUUUGUUCCACUGCUGAGCCCAACUCGUGGGCGCUAUUCUCCGCCAUUGGAUCCACCGGACCCAAUCGCCAUCCUCAUCAUUAUUAUCGCCGCCGCCGUCGAGUCCCCGAACAGGGCGAGCAUUCCAUUGACCGUGCCCAUGGCCAGAUGAACCUGUCAGUCGUGCCUGUGAUAAAUGGCCCCGCCACGGUCAUCCGUCAAGAUCCGAGUGCCCAGUAUUCCCUCGACUCGCUGAUGAGCGACUCGGCUUUGACCUACUUGGGACCGACUACCACCUUAAACAGCCAUAGCCUAAAACCCACUUCACGUCGAGGGCCAUUGAUCCCCGAGCCACGUUGUUUCAAGUCCCGUAGCGGAUGGAAUCGGACCAGCAACCCCGUGAUCGGGUUGAAGGGUGGGUCAGACACGGCCAACGGUACAUCUGGCUGGGGUCCACCCCCUUCCACCCCUAAUGUUAAUGUCGGGGGCUGGGGCUCAAGCUCUUCGGUGCCAUCAAGUGGAGGGCAUUCCGCCGCUACUGGGACGGGUGGAGGAUGGGGCAGUACCCCAGGUGGAGGUAGUGAAGACAGUGGCCUCACUCACUCGUCGCAGUCCACUAAUCUGCCUCCAACGUCAAUCAUGAAAUCCACCCAUGCUUCCGUGUCUUUGAGUGGGUCUUCCCCUGCGCCAGCCGCUCCCUCAACCACUAGUACUAGCACUUCUUGGGCGGCAGCUGCCGGCAAGGGUCUGCCUGUGUCCGAGGCCACCCCUGUUACCAACCACAACAACUUGUCCGCCGGAGCUGCAGCCAAUCCAAUCUCCACAUCGAAGCAAUUCGAAAAACUAAAUUCGGUUCGUGAAGCCUUGUUCUCGCCAGAUGGUUGGGGUGGGUCCCACGUCAAGCAAGACACCUCGUGGGAUACAGAACCUCGUUCUAACUCCCAAGAUGCCCCCAUAGCUAAUGCUAGUGCUAGAAAGGAUAGUGGUGGACCGAAUAAUUCCAGUAUGUGGAAUGGUGCAGCUGGAGGAGCUCAACGCAAUGAUGGAACCGAUUUGUGGAAGUCUACUUUGUCAGGACAACCACCGCCACAAACAUCAAAAGUGCAAAUUCCCAACAAUCCUUGGGGUAAUCAUACCCCCCAAAAUCCUGCCGAUUUUAAGACAUGGGGUGAGGAAGAGGAUGGGAGUCUCUCUCGAGGAGGUGGUAACGGAGCACCUGGGUCUGGAGGCGUUCCCAGUGGUGUUGCUCCACCUUCUGUCAUCGCUGAUCGAGGAGGAAUGAAUACUUCACAUGAUUCCUGGAAGACAGGAAAUACUAGUCCAGUCGCUAAAAUGAGUAAUGAUUGGAGUAAAGAACCCCGAUCCUCAUGGACUGAAUCUUCUCAUGGAUCAGCUAGCCGUCCCGAGCCUUUGUCAGAUGCCUCUGGAUGGGGUGCUUUACCUCGAGGUAGCAAUUCUACUGCUAAUUGGGGCGGGGGAGGCGUUGGUGGAGGUGGCAGUAUGACUGUUGGAAAUUCAAGUGCCAGUGGAGGAAAUGUUGGAGCAGGAGAUAUGUCUCACAAAUGGAAUGACGAUCAAACCAAAAGAAUGCCAGAGGAAUCUUCAGGAAUUGGCGCAUGGGGCCAUAAUAGUAAAGGCCCAAAUGGAAUGGCUGUUCCAUCAGGGCCCUCUUCUCAUUGGAAAGAUAUGCCUGCGUCAAAUAUGAUGCGAGGAGGUGGAGCAUUGGUUGGUGGCGGAGGAGGGAGUGUUGUGGGUCCUCCAAUGGGACCAGUCCCCAAUCGGCAUUCUCACGGAGUUCAGCCUAAAGAGUCUUGGGGACAAAUUCCUCCCACGUCUGGAAAAGCCUGGGGGGAUGAUGGCACCUCAUGGAAUGAAGAAGCCACUUCAGGCAAGAGUGCAAUCAAUUGGACCAACAAUACUGAACCUGGAUGGAACAAGCCAAUGGGUAAUCGGAUGCGCCAAAGUCCUCCAGGUGGUGCCUGGGACGAGAAUGGAGGUGGAGGUGGACCCAGCUUUGAUAACGGCCCGUCUCCCUGGAGUAAGGUGGAUGGUCCUGGCAAGCCUCUAAGCAAGGAUAUGAUUUGGAGUAGUAAGCAAUUCCGUAUUUUGUCCGAAAUGGGCUACCGGAAAGAUGAUAUUGAGACAGCGCUUUUGCAAACCCAAUUACGAUUGGAUGAUGCAUUGGAGAUGUUGAACGCACUGACCAGGGCUAAUCGUCACCAAGUUCCUCCACAUGUGCCUGAUCACGUCUUAGGGAACAAUCUACCGAGCGAUAACCCGCUCGACAAUCCCCGGGUCAAUCUUCCAUAUUCCCCGGAGGUCAAUCGUGUGUCCGACUCUCAUUAUGGUGGUGGUAUGCUGACCCGUAAAAUGGCACCUCCUUUGUCGGCCAGUCCAACACCAGGAAGUGGUCAUACGGCUUCAAGUCAACCAUCCCCACAUCAACUCAGGGUUUUAGUUCAACAAAUUCAGAUGGCGGUCCAAGCUGGUCACUUGAAUCCACAAAUCUUGAACCAACCGCUGGCUCCUCAAACACUGAUUUUAUUAAACCAGCUUUUGCAUCAGAUCAAAACGCUUCAGGGGCUGCAACAACAACAGCAGCAACAUAGCAUGGCCAGACCUGGGUCAAACAACCCUGCCCUCAUGAAUGUAACUGUGAACAUAACCAAGACCAAACAGCACAUCAGCAACCUGCAAAACCAAAUAUCAGCACAACAAGCCAAUUACUUAAAGGGGCAUGUUUCUUUGAAUCCAACCUCACCCUUGGCUCAUCCACAGGCUCAACAGCAGCAUUUGUCCUCUGCGUCCGGUCCCGGAGGCCCACUCUCUGGCUCCGACCCCAAUACCAUGCAAGAUAUGUUCCAUAGUUUGAACUUGCAAAACAACUUGGAUAAUAACCCUGGUAACCAAGGCAGCGCUAAUGGUGGCUCAAGGCUCGCUCAGUGGAAAUUGCCUAAGGAGCCCCUUGGAGGUUCUUUUCCAAAAGCUCCUGGGCCAGUCAACGCCAAAUCUGGAGCUCCAUCCGGUAUAGGUACUAGUUUCCUCUUGGAGGAUAAUACUUGGAGCCGCAGCAGUACCGAUGGCGGGGGCGGAUGGCCUGAUAGCGGUAAAGGAGGAUUGAAUUUCGACGGCUCUGACUUUGGCAUCCCCGAGUUCGAACCAGGAAAACCUUGGAAAGGGCCUGGUCUGAAAAAUCCCGAUGAAGAUCCUAAUUUGACCCCAGGCUCAGUGGCUCCAACAGCAUUACCGCUCAAAAGUGUGUCUAAAGGAUCUUCUAACGUCAUCGGCGGCGGAGUCAGUGGCGGAAACGGUGUCGGAGAUGGAGGGGCAAUGACUAUGACAUCCCCGACAUGGAGCUUUGGCGAUGGCCCUUCCAAAGAUCCUUGGGGAAACAGUAGCAUCAGCAAUACCAAUGGAUCCGUUUCAAACCAUAACCUGACACAAAUUGGUCAAGAUCUGUGGGGAAAGCCAGUUGGUAACAAUUGGCCGAACAACGGAUGGUCGAGCAAUCAGGGCAAUAAUGUUGCCUCCAACUCGUCUUCUGGUGGAUUAAACGAAGGGCCAUUAUGCUUGGUGCUAAAGAAUUUGACACCCCAGAUUGAUCCAUCGACCCUAAAAACCCUCUGCAUGCAACAUGGAGCUCUAACUCAAUUUGAUGUCUUCCCGAAUCAUUCUACUGCAGUUGCAGUUUACAGGAACGGAAGGGAUGCUGUCAAGGCGCAAAAGGCUCUUAAUCAAUGCCUUUUGAGUAAUACUGCCAUUCAUGCAUCAACAUCCAACGAAAGUGAUAUUACGGCGAUGCUCCAGCGAAUGGGCGGAAUCAACAACUUCUUGGGUAGCUCUCGUGGUAGCGGCGGUGGCAGCAGUGGUAAUUCCUCUGGAUUCGGGGCAGGUUUGACAGCGGCGAGCUCUUCCUCUCAGGGUAGUGGAGGAACAAUCGUGCCUUCCUCUCCAUCUUCCUCGUUGGUCGGGUCAGGUCUCAUGUCGAAGACUGUGACAACGUCUUCUGGCCUAGGGAAUGAUAUGUGGACAACAGGCAGCUCAGGAGGAGGUGCUGGACCCCAUCUCUUCAGUUCACCAGGUUCAGUUUGGGGUGCUCCGGAAGGUUCUAGAACCACCACCCCCUUGAAUUCGUUUCUCCCUGGAGACCUUUUGGGCGAAAGUGGAAACCCCUGAAUGGGAUUGUUUACAAUUGUUGAAGGGGUCCAGAAGACUUCUUGCUCCAUGUUCAUGCACUGAGCCUCACAUUUCAUCGUCCCGUUUUCACUAGACUUAAGGGUGCUGCUGCUGCUGCUGUUGCUGCUGCUGCUACUUCUUCUUCUUCUUCUCCUUCUCCCUCUUCCUUUUCCUCUUCCUCUUUACCUUCUUCUUCUCCAACUCCUUGUUUUUGCUCUUCUUCGCCUCCCCGUUGCCCCAACAUCAAUACCCAUGCCAUCACUAAAAUAUCAACAAAUCAUGAAGAAAUCCCCAAGCCUCGCUUUCUACCGCUCCUAUUGCUGCUACUUCUGAAAAAUGACGAAAAAGUCGACAAACUCAAGAGAAGAAGCUUGGUUCUAAGGACCGUUUCGGGGACUGCAUCGGCUUGGAAAAUAUCUUGUGCUUAACAGGAAUUGCCGCCGCCAUCGCUCCAAUUAUUGGCCAAAUCAUCAUCUUAUUGUCAUUAACAUCAAACAUCAUCGUCAUCAACGCCUCCGUCGCUACCUUCCUCAUCGUAAUGCUUCUACAUACUCCGACUAUUACUACUACUACUAUUUCAACAACUAUCGUUGAGCGAUGCUAGUGAUUCCAUUUUGUUGGAAAAUCCAAAAAGUACCAGGGAGGGGAAAGGGAGGAGGGUCUUUCAACUUAUAAUCAUAUUAUUAUUAUCAUUAUUAUUCCUGUGACCCGCCUUGAUGUUCUGACCAACGACUGUGAUCUCUGUUACUAUGAACUGAGGCUUUACAACGUUUUUAACGAUUCAUAAUGAUUUUUAUGAAGCCAAACCUUACACUCUCGACUUGCAAGACAAUUGUGAAAAGAAGAACUGCAAAAAUCGUACCCACAAGCAAACGUUGUCUCGUCUUCUUAAAUAUGAGCAGAAUUAGAAUGUACUAAAUCCAUUGAGUAUCCAAAACAUCAAUCACGACUACGACUAAUACAAUAUCGAGAUCCCUCUUCAAUUCUGGGUCCCGAGUCUCCUAUGCAAUUAAUUUUCUCGUAUCAAAUACAUACCAAUCAAUACAUAUAGUCAAGUCAUCAAAAUUAAGCCACCCGUCAUCCACCCUUGCCCGUUUGGAUUGAAUCGUCUCAAAAUGCCUUCAAAUGUCGCCCGGCCCGCCCAGCCCGCCGGGCCUCCCGGCCUGCCCUCCUAUUCACCCACCUGUUCCCCCUCCGCCUCGUCCUCUCAAUUGAUGUUGCCUCUAAAGUGUAUUUCAGAUGGAGUGUAGUGUUCAUUGGACCGGCGAGAAGAAAAAGGCCUUGUGUUCCAUUAAUGUAUGUGUAUUGUUGACAAGUGCUCCACCCCACCACUCCCCAUGCACUCCUCCCUGGUUUCGCCGUAAGUUGACACAUCAACCUACCAGCCAAACAACCAAAAACGCCCCCAAAGGAUCCUGCAUGCCGUGCGCGUGGAUAAGCCACUAUUUUAACGACACAACAUGAUCACCAAUCACGACAAAUACUACUACAAUUAUUAUUAUCAUUAUUACUACUAUCAUUAUCAUCCUCAUUGUUAAUACCACGUAUUUUGACGAUGAAGACAACGGCUAUUAUUGCAACCACAAAAAAACCAGCAGCAGCAACACCAUCAACAACUUCUACAAUAAUAACAAUAAUAUGAGAAUGAUCUUCAAAUUCAUGUGAUACUAAAUAGCAGAAUAGUCUCUCAUUCACCUA